GUGGUAUACAAAGCUGUUGAGGAGGCUAUCGACGCAGGCUUCCGCCACAUCGACUGCGCUGUGUACUACGAGAACGAGGAGGAAGUGGGCGCUGCAAUUGCAGCGUCAAUGCGGAAGCACAACCUUAAACGUGAGGACAUAUACCUCGUAUCCAAGCUUUGGUGUGACAAGCACGCACCUGAGGAUGUUCGCAAGUCGUGUGAACAGUCAGUGAAGAAUUUCGGUCUGGAGUACUUGGACCUGUAUUUGGUACAUUUUCCGGUCUCCUUCAGGUUGAGCGAGGGCGCUCAUUUCGAUGUGAAUGGUCCAAACUCGGUGGCGUUUGAGUACCACAAACUUGAGGAUACAUGGAAGGCCAUGGAAGAACUGGUAGCGGCUGGACUGGUAAAGUCGAUCGGCGUGUCCAACUUCAACAGGAGGCAAGUAGAGCGCGUUUUGUCCUCAUGCACAAUUGUACCGGCAGUUAACCAGAUUGAGGUCAAUAUUCACUGUCCAAACACUAAGUUGAUAGACUUUUGCCACUCCAAGAACAUUUUGGUUGAAGGAUAUGCACCCAUCGGUUCGCCAGGCUUCGUACAGAGCAAGGAUAAGCCACUUCUGCAGGAGGACACUGUUGUGGAAAUCGCUCAGAGACACAGUAAAACACCUGCACAAGUGCUUUUACGCCAUGGUCUGCAAAAGGGCAUUGUUGUCCUCAUCAAGAGCGUCACGCCGGAACGCAUCAAGUCGAACUUUGAUGUGUUUGAUUUUGAGCUGACUGCUGCAGAAAUGGAGAAGUUGGACAAGACGGAGUUCAGGAAGCGCUACUUCUUAUUCUCAUCACUUGCGACGCACCCUGAAUACCCAUUCCACGACGAGUACUAA